AUGUUGCGGCAUGCGUCAGCAACACCUUGUCCCAUACCAGAUUGGCAACUCAAUCUAAGCAGGCAUAAUUCCAUCCCGAGCGCCGCUGAUGACAAUACGACCGCUAAUAUCGAGUUCACUACGGCCUUUGGAGGAUCCCUGAGAAAUAUCAAACCACGGAGACGUCCGACUGCAGUCAAGAAAAAGAAUAAUGCGUUGGAUUUCCCCAUCCACGAAGAUGCGGAUCCGCAAGAAAUUGGUGAUGGAAAACAAACUGUUUUAGCUCAACCAGCGCGACGAAAAGCAGUAUCGCAACCAUCUCAGCGACAGAGACGUAGAGUCUCCUUUGGCGCAUCUGACGAGAUUCGAAGCCAAGCUCCUUUGGUGGAACCGUGUCCUUCACAUCGACUGUCACAGGCACCGCGACGACCCAUUAUCAAGACAGAAGGGCAAUCCGAACCGCUCCCCCCCUUGCCUGAAGAUACGGACUUGACGAUGAGUUCAACGACCAUACUCAGACCCGCACGACGAGGCACAAUCUACAUACCGAACGAUGACACCACAAUGCCCAGUAUGUAUAUGGGGAUUUUUAGUCCCAUCAAGGAUCUCGACGCGAGGCUGGCAUCAGAAGCUGCAGAGGCGAGGUUGGAGGUUACCGGGAUAGCCGCACAGAUGGUAAAAAAGCAAGGGCCACGCCGCUCAGUGAUCGCUGUGUCUCCGAAGAGAGGUCCGCUGCAGGUUGUUGGGCGCCAUGUCCAAGAGACUGCUAUUGUGGAAGAUCGAUUGGGUCAAGGACCUGGAAAGGAAAAUUUGCCCCCUGGAUAUUGCACAGCAGUAGAUCAGAAACCCGGCAAACACACUUCGAUAGCCAAGCGAGGAUCGAUGAAUCUACGCGUCUGCGAUCCGAUCAAACCACAGAUCGAUCGGGAAGCAAGAUCGUCGAAGCUAUGCGAGCCGACUGCUAGACUGAUGGGAAGGAUCAUCGACAGCAAAACUACUCCAGGGUCCGGUGGAAAGCACAAUUGGAACUCAGGCGCCUGCGUUCGGAUCGACCGUCCGCUUUCAGCGAAGAAAAUAUCAUCCAAGCCAGGUCCGAUGGUGGAAGUCAACGAGCCACCCUUGUCGAGGAAGCCAUCGGUACCGAGUCGAUUCGUGAUCCCGAAUAUCAAAGCGGAACCGGUUGUUGAAGCAUAUCCUAUACUCCGGGAAGAUCUUGCCACUCCAUUCAUGUAUGAGGACAGCUGGCUAAGCCAUCAGGAGAUCGCCAUUACCCAGCUUGUCAACGGCCUUUUCGAUGCAUCGACUCCGCCGUCCCCUCCGGCCGAAGGUGGAAUAUUGACGAUUAGACUUCUCGAGAGAUAUGGAAAUGCGGAAAAUGUCUUGCUCUACAAGAGAAUACAAGCAACACUGUUAUACGGUUCGCUAAGCAUAUCAGCAGAAGUUCUGAAAGCGGCGGGAAGUCUGGGCAAUGACGUCGGAAAGCGGAAAGUGUUCACAGAUUUGUGGCUGGAGACAUAUGAUCCUUCGUGUCUUCGUUCGGCGCUGGAAGUAGUGGUGGGUCGGCAAUGCGUGAGCGCUGCGGGAUCUCCCUCGACAAGACCGAGUAUUGACAAGGGGGCGAGUACCAGUCGUCGUGCUCUGCAACAAUUUAUCGAGACCUUUCUGAUCAGAAACAAAGACGGAACGCCGGAUCACACGUGCACUGAUCGGAUUGCUUGGUCGUACCGACGGACCAUGCUCCGCAGCUUGAUGCUCAUCAAGCUCUUGGAUCUGUCGAAAGCUCCUUCAGGUCAACUUGUCAGCCAAUGCUUGUUCCAAGCGUCGUCAACUUACAAAUCCUCGGUUAGUGUAGUCAAAGCACUGUUCCAACUUCUGAACCCGGGUGCUGGAGAUCCUGUCCGAGCCUUGAGCCACAUCGGUUACAAUGUGACACAUUCGCAGUUUCCGCUCGAGGAAUACGAGUACAAGAUCGAAAAUCUGGCAGUUGACCUGCGCGACGGAGUCCGUCUGACGAGACUGGUUGAGCUUUUGCUGUAUCCUUCCGCCUCACAAUUCCUUGAGCGCCGAUCUGAUCCCGAUUCGACCACAACUGUACUCUUACCGACCGGAGAAUUGCUUUCAUUGAGCGACGGUCAACGAGAUUGGCCAUUAUCUCAACACCUCAAGUUUCCUUGCCUCGGUCGAGCGACUAAGCUAUACAACGUUGAGAUCGCCCUUAGUGCCCUGCGUAGUGUCAAAGGCAUGACGGCACUGGUUCACGAUGUUAAAGCUGAAGAUCUUGUGGAUGGGUUCCGGGAAAAGACGGUCAAACUUCUCUGGGGUCUCACAAGUAAAUGGGGGCUGGGCAGUCUUGUUGACUGGGAUGAUGUCGAAAGAGAGAUUAAGCGGAUCUGUCGAACAGUGUCGAAUUUUGACAAUGACUAUUUCGAGGCGCUGGGUGACGACGAGCAUCCUGCUCGGUACCAAGUGUUGUUGAAAUCUUGGGCCCAAGCCAUCGCACAGAAGGGAGGGUUUAUGGUGAGAAAUCUGACGACCAGCUUUGCCGACGGACAGGUGUUUGCAGCAAUUGUUGACGAGUAUGAAAGAUACUUCGCCCCUGACGCACAGGUUCGCAAGGGCCGGCAGCUCAGUGAUCGACUUCGAAGUCUUGGUUGCAGCGAGCAAUUUUCAGGGCUGUUUUCUGGUUCGGAUCCAUCAGCUCGCCGAACGCAUAUCCUGGAUCGCGAUUUUGUAUUGGCCGCACUGGCGUUUCUCUGCUCGAGGCUUUUGGGACCGUCCAAGAGGGUAAGAGCUGCGGUCACCAUUCAGAAAGCAUGGCGGUCAUACCAGGGAAGAGCGCUUGACUCGCGAAGGGUCCGCUUGAAGAUGUUGGCUGAAGCUUGUGCUAACGCCGCAAGAGGGAGGGGAAAGGAUCUCAAUGGGACACAGCUUGUGCGGGAGGUAUGUGAAAGUUCCAAUCGUGAUGAGGAUGAGUUUGGAUAUGACGGCCAAGAGCGUCCGUGGCUUGAGGAGACCGAAGAAGACAUUUGGUUGAGCUUGUAA